CAGAAAUUUUCAAGCGGCUAAUCAAACAAACCGAUCAAUCGAUCGCACGCACCGCAACUUGUCAUCACUGCCCCGGUCGCACCUUUGCUGGUCCGAUCAAACCUGUAAGAUUGCUAGAUGCAAGAGAUCGUAUCCUAAAUAUAAUUCAUCAAAAUCUUAUCACCCUGCACGAUCAGAGGGCAAUCCGACCCCCCUUUUUCGUCCAAUUGAUCACUUGAUCGGUCACCAGGGGGUAAGCUUCAGCAGUGGGACGGACCAUGGAAGGAGCUGGCGAUAGCUUCACGUCGGCCCCAACCACCACCCGCCUCCACAUCACCCCUCUAGACCCUGAUUUGCUCAAGGUCAUCGUCCCCGCCAAGGUCAUCCCCGUCGCUUCGAACAUCUCGUACCAUACCCUCGAGACCUUCCCCGAAAAGCGCUACGGCUUCGUCGAGCUGCCGACCGAGGAGGCCGACCGGAUCAAGAGGAAGCUCAACGGCGCCGUCCUGAAGGGCGUCAAGAUCAGGAUCGAAAAGGCCAGGCAGAGUAAGGAGGAUAUCAUCAUGGCGCGGCGAAAGGAGGAGGAGCGGUCCGGCGACAAGGACAAGAAGACCAAGAAGGAGAAGGCACCCAAGGAGAAAAAGGAUCGCAGCAAGAAGCGCAAGAGGGAUGAUGAGGAGAUUGUCGGCGUGGAGCUCGAGGAGGGUCGCAAGGUCAAACGCGGUUGGACCGUUUCGCCCAAGGAAGCACAGGAGGCCAAGUCCAAAGACAAGAGCAAGAAGAAGGAUAAGGAUAAGGACAAGUCCAAAGACAAGAAGAAGCGCAAGGAGCAAAAGUCCGUCUACACUGAAGGGCCCGAGUGUCUGAUCAGGGCGGUGCUGCCAGCAGCAGCUUCUGUUGAACAGGAUGGCUCGAUUAAGAAGCGGAAAAAGAAGGACAAGACUGUCGUGAUUCACGAGUUCAAGAAGACCAAGACGUUCCCAACAUUCUUGAAAAGCUCCACAUCGUCAAAGUCUGUCCCAACAGAGUACGUGGAGGGCACUGGCUGGGUCGAUCAGGAGGGUAAUGUUGUGGAGGCGGUGCGGUCGACGCGAUCUACAGCUAAGCGGAAGGAAAAGUCGGCGUCUCCAGAUGCGUCCUCGGCAGCGGAGGACGAUACACAAGACGAUCUCAAGCCAGCGCCUACAGAGCCGGAAGCUGAGGAUACCACAAGUUCCAGUGGCAGCGACACGUCUUACGACGAGGAAAGCGAGGAAGACCCGAACGAGAUACCACCGUCGAGGAAAUUUAAACUGGAUUCCAUAUCUAUCCCGGAGACGCCUUCACCUACAAAAGAUGAUGCCUCGAGUGCGGUCUCCAAAACACAUUCGCCUCGACCCAAGUCUGCAAGCUCCGUCAUGAGCCUGAAAAUCAAGAUACCGCCCGCUACACCCGUCACCCCGGGCAAGGCAGCCACGGUCCACCCACUGGAGGCACUUUACAAGCGUCCGAAGCCUGACGGCAAGGAGGCCGCGGCUGUCUCCGAGGAGAAGCCUGGUUUCACUUUCUUUGGAGGGGAAGAUUUUGAUGAUCAGGAUAUGGACGACGAAGGCGGCAGUGGCAGUGGCAGUUUACAGCCACCCAUGACGCCGUUUACGCGCCAGGAUUGGGAACACCGCAAUAUUCGCAGCGCGGCACCGACGCCGGAUACGGCGCAUCACAAUCGCAGCUUCAAGUUCUGGCCGCCACCUGGUGAGGAGGAUGAUAUUGCCGAAGACGAAGAGGAGGAUGGAGAUGACGACAACGAAGCUGAUGAUAACGGCUCUGCGUCUGAAGCAGCCGUUGCGAGCGGCGACAAGGCGCCCACCUCGGACUUCCAGAAAUGGUUUUGGGAGAACCGUGGUGAUCUUAAUCGCUCCUGGAAGAAGAGGAGAAAGCUCGCGGGCAAGGAGAAGAGGUAUAGAGAGAAUCGGUCGCGGGCAAGCAGGGCCAUCUAACGGGUGGCUUUCGGGUUCCUCUGCUACUUUUAUUACGUGGAUGAUAGUAUGGGCAGCCAUCAUGUCUCGGCAGAUAUUUUCUAGAGUAUCCAUGGUUACACUCUGCGGUUGGAUGGACCUGGGAUACAGAUUGUCCACCCGCGCUGAAGGCGCAUAAUAUCAAGGAUUAUUAUUCAUCAUCACGUUUGGCCGGCGAGCGCGCAUCCAUUGCGAACAGAAUUAAUGCGAUAACUUGGGUGUUAAUAGCUAGCUAAGUCAACUAAGCCGGUAACAUUGCGAUUGCAGAUGACGCAAAGAUAUAUACUCC